AUGGUUGCCUUGUCUAAAUUGCUCUACCACGGCUUGUUGCUCGCUCCGCAGCGCAUUUUUGAAGACGUGGCGUCGCCACAGCAGGCGUCGGUCGAGCAGUUCAACGUGAUCAACUUUCUCGGAGGAAGUGCUCCUUACAAGCAGAGAAGUGGGGUUGGGAUCAGCACCGAUGUGCCUGAAACGUGCUCGGUUGAACAGGUGCAGAUGAUUUCGAGACACGGCGAGAGGUACCCGUCAAAAGGCGACGGGGUCGCGUUCAGGAAGGUCUUGGACAAGUUCCAACAAUAUGGGAAGAACUUUAAAGGCGACUUGUCGUUUUUGAACACGUACGAGUACUUUGUGUCUGACGACGAGCUUUAUGAGAAGGAGACCAGCCCGCAAAACUCCGAGGGUCCUUACGCGGGCACGUCAGACGCCUUGAGACACGGGGCGUACUUUAGGGCCAGGUACAAGGAUCUAUUUGCAAAUGCCAACGCAACUUUGCCUGUUUUCACUACAAACUCGGGGCGUGUAUACCAAACGGCGCAGUAUUUUGCCAGAGGCGCGCUUGGCGAGGAGUACAGUGAAGACAAGGUGGAGUAUGUUGUCGUUGACGAGAGCGAGAAAAUGGGUGCAAAUUCGUUGACGCCUCGGUAUGCUUGCAAUACAAACUUGGACAAGAGCUCGGAUGCAAACCUGGAGUUGGUGGACUCGUAUGACACCACGUAUUUGCAAGACAUUUUGGACAGAUGGACGAAGGACAACCCGGGCCUCAACUUGACCAAGAGCGAGGUCAGUUCGUUGUUUCUCUGGAGCGCUUUUGAAAUCAACGUCAGAGGCUGGUCGCCUUUUACAGAGCUCUUUACCAAUGAGGAGUAUAUCAAGAGCGGGUACCGGACGGAUUUCGGAAACUACUACCAGAUCGGCCCGGGCAACAACAUGAGCACCACCGUGGGCUCGGCGAUGGUAGCCGCGUCCUUGAAACUACUUCAGGGCAGCUCUGAUCACAAGACAUGGUUGAUGUUCACCCACGACACCGAUAUGGAGAUUUACUUUUCGUCUAUGGGGUUGAUCGAGCUUGAAACUGCGUUACCGGCGCAUGUUGUUUUGCCCAAUCCCUACAACGCGGCCGAGAUGUUCCCCCAGGGAGGCCGAACUUACAUGGAAAAGUUGCAGUGCGGAGGCCAACAAUAUGUGCGGUUUAUUAUGAAUGAUGCAGUGGUUCCGUACCCAAAGUGCACCAGCGGGGUUGGAUUCAGCUGUCCAUUGGAGGAGUUUGUCGAGACUGUUUCGAGGCGAAUGGCGGAGGUCUCGUACCGCGACCAAUGCAACUCGAGUGUUCCCACAGAGUUGAGUUUCUUUUGGGACUACCACGAGGUGAGAUAUGACGCGCCGUUGAUUGAUCAAUAG